CAGGAAUCGAGGACGUGCAGGUCAUACAGGAAGCCCUAGCCGUACUGCGCAGCACGGGCUGGUACUACGGCACGAUGACGUGGCAGCAAGCGCAGACGCUCCUCGCAGGCACCGCCGUCGGUACCUUCCUCGUCCGUGACAGCCAGAAGCCCGGCUACCUCUUCUCCCUGAGCGUCAGCACGGGAGGAGGAGGAGGAGGAGGAGAAGGAGGAGGAAGAGUAGAAGGAGGAGGUGGAGGAGGAGGUGGAGUGACGAGCGUGCGGAUAGCGUACGCACGCGGGCUGUUCGCGCUGGACUGUGAGAGCAAGCUGCGAGCUUCCAACCCGAGCUUCACCUGCGUCGUUCGUCUGCUCGAACAUCACGUGACGCUGCAUCGCGAGAAGAAGACGCAGCACGUGUGGCGCGACGGGCGCGGCCAGCGCGAGUGUCCCGUCGUGCUUGCGUGUCCCAUGCGCGUGCGCGUACCGCCGCUGCAGCACCUCUGCCGCAUGCGCGUCAUCGCCGCGAUGGGAGAGACCGACGCGCCCUCUGGACUCGCGCGGGUGCAGCAGCUGCCGCUGCCGCUACGCCUGCGGACUUUCGUCGGCGAGUACCCGUACGAAUUGUGACGUCAGCAUUUUUUUGCGGGGUCGUGGAGUACCUGUAUGAAUUGUGACGUCAGCCGCUCACAGCGCUGUUUUAUUUCGGUGGCAUUCGCGUGCGUGCGUGCGUGCGUGCGUGCGUACGUGCGUGCGUGAGUGCGUACGUGCGUGCGUGCGUGCGUACGUACGUACGUGUGUGCGUGUGUAAAUACGGUGUAAAUAUUGGCAGACACAUCAUUGUAUAAACUGCAUAAAAUAUCAUUGUAGAAAUGAGCGAAAAUAUAAUAACAGUAUUGUAUAAACAUGUGA